AUGUAUAAAUAAAUUGAUUAUCUUAAAGGAUGGGAUAUAGAAUAAUCUGUAGAUUCUGAUGAAGAUGAAAAGAAAUAAAUCACUUAAGUUUCUUAAGUUUCAAACAUUACAAAAACUCAACCAACUGAUAGAUUGUGUUUUAAAAAGUUAUUCUUAAAAAGUCCUCAACUUUCACCUAUGAGAGUAAAUCCUCCAAAACAUUAAACAACUCCUUUACGAGAAUCGAUAAAAUAGAAAUUCGUUUUUGGAAAUUAGUUAAUACAUAUGAAGUAAGAGAUAGAAAAUAAAUAUGAUAAUGAGAAUGAACAAUCUUAGAAAGUAUUAAAUGUAUAUGGUAAAGUGCAAUAACCAAUAAAUAUUGCCAAUUUAAGAAUAAAAUUGAAUGGAAUUCCAAAAUAAGCAUAACAUACAAAAGCAUAUACAUAAAAUCAAUUGUAGGCGAUAAUGUAGUUGAAACGUAAAAAAUUGUAUUUGAGAUCAGUAUUAAAAAAGGUAUGGUUGUGGAUAAUAAAAGGUUUGUCAUGAGAGCGAUGAACGAUAUUCAAAUCAUUAAAAAGCUAAUUAGUAAGAGAUAUUUUUAGGUUAUCGGUAUAUAGAUGAAGAUACACAUAAAUUGCAUAGUCCAAGCAAUAGCAUGAAUCUAUAGUAAAAGUUUGAAAUAUUGUAGAUCAAAUUCUCGAAAGAACAGUAAUAGAAGGGCUGUAAAAGUUAAGUAAUAAUUGUGA